AUGUCGACCCGCUCAUCUCAGGGAUGCUGGACAUGCAAGCGUCGUCGCAGGGCCUGCGAUAAGGCACGCCCGACAUGUCAGAAUUGCACGCAACGGGGGCUUGACUGUGAAGGCUAUGAGGUGCGAUUGCGCUGGGGAAGUGGAAUUGCCUCCCGUGGUCAAUUCACGGGGGCAGAUAAGCCGCUGAAGGAGAGUGUUCCAUCGAGGCCGAAAGGCCGCCAAAGAGAUCUGAACAGAGAAAGAAAGAAGUUAGACUCAUCGCCUACUGAUACUGGCCAAUUGACCAGCCCUGGGAAUUCGUGUUCGAGUCUCGAUGAGUCUCCAAAAGAUGAUUACGCCAUGAUACCUAAUCCCGAGCAACCGCUUUCGCUUCGCUUAGAGAGGUCUAAGCAAGACGAGGCCUUGUUUAGUGAAUUUCUAAAUGGUGGUAUUAACGUACUGCAUUCUACCACCGCCCAAGAAGGGAUGUUGCAACCUCGACUACCUCAACUUUGUCGAGAAUCCAAUGCCUUGUACACAAUUUGUUUGGCCUUUCAACUUUCUCUAUCCUCCAAUCAAUCCCCUCUAUUCUUUGAAUACUUCGACGCAGCACUCAGGGAAUUCCGAUCUGAACUGGCCCGAAGCACCAUUUUAUCAGAUGGGACCCUGACAGCCGGGCUUCUGCUGUGUAGCAUUGGCCUGAUGCAUGGUCUACCCUGGACUAUCCAUCUAGAAGGAAUGCACAACAUUCUUCAAACCAACGGUCUAGCCGAUAGACACCGCACAGCCGCACAGACUCCAUUCCGUACCCACCUAGUGGAGGUAAUGGGAGUAAUGGACCUGCCCUUUUUCUCAGUUGGUCGUCAGACCCCCUGUAUCGGGAUCUGGCGCCGCUACUGCCAGCCCGCUACGCCCAGAGAAGGAGUUGAGCCCGUGAGUGGCUUACCCCGAACCCUGGUAGACCUUUUUGCCGGUAUCUGCAUCGAUACGACAGAACAGAGUUUCUGGGACUGGCCAGGCGAACCGGGAGGUUUCCUUCACUGCUAUUUAUGGGAAGCCUAUCGCUUAGCUGGGAUCCUGACUCUACGUCGGCAUGCACGAGCGGAAGAACGGCAAUCGCGAGACAUGCGGAGCUUCUCAGCAUGGCGUCAGCCCAGCGCGUGUCCUGCUGAUGCGACUAUCCUUGUAACUAGGAUUCUAGCAAAUCUUGAUGCACUUCGACUAGCGUGCGAUGAGCGUCCAGCUGAGGAAUCUUUCAUUAAAAAUGCCAUUCAAUUUCCUAUUGUUGUUGCUGGGCUGGAGGUUUCGGUUUUGUGCCAAAAUCCACAAUUUCAGGUUAUGAUUCGGAAAUGCAUGCUUGGUACACGACAAGAUGAGAUCCUAUAUGAUUUACUACAAGAGAUGUGGCAGAAGAAUGAUCCGAUCCUUAGUAUUGAUAAUUUAGCGAGGGCACGGGGAGUGGAAAUGGGAUUGCUAUGA